UCGAACUAGAAGGUAAUAAAAGCGAAGCCUCAGCCGUAGCGUCGGGUUUGUUGAGGCAGUGACGGUAAAUCUACGAUCAUCAGAGUAAAUACAACAUUUAACCUGAAUCUCUUCAUCCAGUUUGAGUUCAGAUUUAUCCUGCGACUCAAACUCGGGGACAUCGAUCGGCUCAAGAGACGAAGAGACGAAUAAAAGUGUGUUUUUCUCUCGACACCCCGGAACCGCCGCUAGCUACCGACAGCUAGCAUUAGCAGCGCAGACCGUGGCCCUGGUGGCGAAGUGACCAGACAACAGGGGAGCGCAGCUUUUUGUUUUUGUCCUGUUCGCUCUUCGCUCGUGCUUCGUUGUAAUGGCGUGCGGAGCGACGCUGAAAAGGAGCCUGGACUUCGACCCGCUCAUGAACCCGGCUUCCCCGAAGAGGAGGCGAUGCGCCGGGGGCAUGUCUCCGGUGUCCUCGCCGCAGAAGUACCUCCGGAUGGAGCCCUCGCCGUUCGGGGAGGUGUCGUCCAGACUCACCACAGAGCAAAUUCUACACAACAUCAAGCAAGAGUACAAGCGGCUGCAGAAACGGCGACACCUCGACAGUGCUUUCCAGCAGCAGGCGGACGGCUGCUGUCCUCUGGACGCGCAGAACAUCCACAGUGGAUCUGCACUACCAGGUACGUCCUCAGGUGCCUCGUCUCCCACCAGGAAAGAGCAGCCUUUGUUUUCCCUCAGACAGGUUGGAAUGAUCUGUGAAAGACUACUGAAAGAGCGAGAGGACAAAGUCCGCGAGGAGUUUGACGAGUUACUGACGACAAAGCUCGCGGAGCAAUAUGAUGCCUUCGUUAAAUUUACACACGACCAACUGAUGAGAAGGUUCGGAGAACAGCCUGCUAGCUACGUAUCCUGAGUGUCAGCCUCGGACAUCGGGGGGAAAACAAUUUGCUGCAAGCUGCUCCAGGGACUGAGUGGGUCUAGUUGGACUUUUCUCCUAGCUGUGCCAUAUCGCCUCAGUGGACUCACUGCCUCAGGCUCAGUUAGCGGCCUCCACGUUUGCUGUGUCUACCAGAGUUAGGAGGAAGGGCUUCCUGCUGACAACAUGUCCAGACUUUCUGUCACUCUACCAGUGGCCUCUUAACUGCCGCCUCAAUAUUUAUUUGGCUGUGUUCUGAUGCCUUCAUAAAAGGCUGACUGCCACCACACACUCUGCCUUGUUGAUUUUAUUUUACUCUCGGAUUUAGUUGAUUUUACAAAGAUUUUUAGUUGUGCAGCUUCUCUAUAUGUACAUUUUGAAAAAGGGAUUGGACAUUGAGGAGUGGGACACGAGGCCACGCUCAGACUGGACUCCAGAAAUGGGUCUUUUUUAUGUUUUGACCUGUAUUGGUGAUAACUGCUAUUAAAUUUAUAUACACUGUACUUUUUUAUUUUUAUUUUUUUUUUGCUCAGCUUUUGUUAAUUGUACCAAAAUGUCAUGGUUUUAUUUGCUGUAGGUAUAAAGGGGCUUUGAUCUAAGAGAAGUGAAUGAAUAAAGUGUUUACAUGAA